AUGAUAUAUGGCGAAGGAUCCAAGGCCUUCCGUCGCCUUCAGGAGGAGAUAUCUCGAGAGACGAACGAUCUGUCCCUGUUCGCAUGGAAGGGCCAUCCCCAGGGUUCUGUGGGAUCUCAGAUGUCCAGAGGCAUCUUUGCGAGGUCCCCAAGCGAGUUUAGCUCCUGUUCAACAAUGCAAAGGUCUGGCACGAGACAGGACUCACCAGGCGAGUUCACUCUCACCAACAAAGGUGUUCGAUUUGAGACGAAGUUUCCGCGUCAACAGCCCUUCGCCGUACAUUACGGUUCUGAUCGGUUGGUGGGCGCUGACAAGCUACCAACGACCAGAAACGUCCUCCCGAAUAACUUCCCGGACCUUGUCAAAGACGAUCUCGACUGGGGGAGUUCGCAAGAAGAGGCAUUUGAGAAGGCACUUUUGAGCAUUUGCACAAACCCUCAAUUUCAGGCUACGGAGGUAGAGUUCGUCACCAAGAAGAUAACUGAUGGGCAACGUGGCUUUCGCAUGGUCAAAGAUUACCGCGCCACUUUCAGGGUCGAGUUAGAGACGCACCAAGAUCACAACGGCAUCAUAACCUAUCAUGCUUCUCUGUCUGGCAAGAUCUAA